GAUAGUUUGAAUAUCAUUCCUCUUUAAAUAAUAAUGCAAAAUGAAAAGGUAAAGUAUAAGAUUUGUAGAUAUGCAGAGAGUUUUGUGGUGUUUGUAGUUUCCUCCUUAGUUUCCCUAUCCAUGGCCAUGGAAGCUCCCACGAAUAUUUCGUUACGUCGUCGUUCCCUUACUGCUCCAGUUUCACCUUCUGACCAAAUAUUUCGAUACGUCGUCGUAAAUGCUUCCGCCGUUGAUCUUCCACCUCCUCCGCCACCUUCUCCACCUCCUCCGCCGCCUUCUUCACCUCCUCCGAACGUGCCUCCGCCCCCUUUUCCGGAUGCACCUCCUCCAGCCCAAUCUUGGACGGAGUUGAACCCAUCUCCCUCGACUCCUUCACCGCUCUCCUCUCUUUCCAUGCCACUACCACCCGCUACGUCGCCUGAUCUUUCACCACUUCCAGGGGAAAGCAGAUACUCAUCGUUGCCAAUGAUCAUUCUGGUUCUAAUUGCAACUAGUCUCUUCAUACCUUUACUUGUUCGGGGAUAUAAAUGUUUCAUACGCCGAGGAGCAAAGAAAAAACACACUACUUUAAAGAAGGAAGACAGUACUUUUGUUACUGAGUUCACCUCCAUUGAAUCUCUUCAAUAUGAUUUCAAUACAAUCGAUGCCGCUACAAGCAAUUUCUCAGCAGACAACAAACUGGGUGAAGGUGGAUUUGGUGCAGUCUACAAGGGUAUGCUUGAUAAUGGACAAGAGAUAGCAGUGAAAAGAUUAUCGAGAAGAUCUUUGCAAGGUUCUGAAGAAUUCAAGAAUGAAGUUAUGGUUGUUUCUAAACUUCAACAUAGAAAUCUAGUAAGACUAUUGGGGUUCUGCUUGGAGGGUGAAGAAAAGAUACUCAUCUAUGAAUACAUUCCCAACAAAAGCCUCGACUAUUUCCUAUUUGACUCCAAGAGACGACAAGAAUUGGAUUGGUUGAGUCGAUAUAAGAUCAUUAAUGGCAUUGCUCGUGGAAUUUUAUAUCUACAUGAAGAUUCUCGACUUAGAAUUAUUCAUCGUGAUCUUAAAGCCAGUAAUAUCUUGUUAGAUGACAAUAUGCAUCCAAAAAUUUCAGACUUUGGUAUAGCAAGAAUUAUUCAAGUGGUCGAUCAAAAUAAUCAAGCAAAUAUUACAAAUCGAAUAGUUGGUACUUAUGGGUACAUGUCUCCUGAAUAUGCAAUGUAUGGAAAUUUCUCGACAAAAUCUGAUGUGUAUAGCUUUGGAGUUUUGAUCUUAGAGAUAAUAAGUGGAAAGAAAAACAGUACAUUUUAUCUAUCAGAACUUGCCGAAGACAUCUUAACUUACGCUUGGAAACUAUGGAAGGAGGAGAUGGCAUUAGAAUUAUCGGACCCAAGUCUUGAAACUAGGUACUCAAAAGAUGAGGUACUUAGAUGCAUUCAUAUUGGUUUACUAUGUGUGCAAGAUGAUCCAAGUCGUAGACCUUCCAUGGCAUCCAUUGUUCUUAUGCUCAACACUUACUCGGUUCCUUUGCCUUUGCCCGAAGAGCCAACAAUCUUCAUGCACAAUACAGACAAUGCAAUUGUAAUCAAUAGUGAUCAACUUGCCACCAACCUUUUCAUUUCCUCUACCAAUGAAAUAUCUAUAACUGAGUUGCACCAGGUUGCGGUGGCUAAGAAAGUUUGAAAGGUGGCGUUGACUGACGUCUCCACGGCACUGGAAGCAGAGACAUGAACGGGGUCGUUUGGAGAUCUGCAGACGGAAGUGUUGAAUAAUCUGUUUGUUGGGGGGCCGUUAUUAGUGGAGAGAGCAGAAAAGAGGAGAUUGAGGUUGAACUGAUAGGAGCUCCUUUGAGUGAAAUUACCGGACAAGCAACUGCAAUAUGGGUAAGAAACAAGGGUCCGAGCGUUUCCAUGGGUAAGGAGAUUGAGGAAGAAGAUGAAAGUAAGAAAAUUGAGCAUGGUAAAGGAGUUAUAUUGGAGUUUAAAAAAAGUGGGUCUGCUUAAGGUUUAUAUAUGAACAAAUUGUAGGAAUUGUAUGAACCGAGAAGAAGGAUUUUGCAGAAUUAAUUGGAGAAAAGAUGAAUGAGACGUCAAUCUCCAAGUUGGAACGCCAAGAGAGAAACAAAGGCGAUGCCGGAAAUUUAAAUUGUUUGUUGGAACAAUGAUCGUAAGAAGUUAAAAAGAGAGUAAAUUUAAUUUUCUAGAAUAAAAAAACCAAGUCGCCAUUCGAUAACCAA